GUUGACUUUAGAAAGUGCAUUUACCUUGCAUGAGUCAUUGUACAGGUGACUAUACAGUUUCAAGAUAAAACUGAUCUGUGUGUGAAAUAUUUUACUCUAGUGUUCGGUAUAUGAAGUGCGUUCAAAACAUUUAAAAACCAGUACAGAUCUAUGCAAUGGCAAAAUCCUGCCUAUUGUGAAUUUAAAUUGUCCUCAUUUAUUUAGCUUUUUUUUUUUUUUUCCAAGCAUGCCACUUUAUACUUGUGUAUUAAUUUCUCAAUAUUAUUUCUCAAGCUAUAUAAAUUUUCCAAUAUCCCUAUCUAUUUAGGGCUGGGGCACUAAAACUGGUUUUUAGAGAGAAGAUUCUCAAUCCUCUUGUCAAUGUGUGAAAUGUUACAUAUUCACAUGGUUUAGAAUGUCAUAAAUCCACAUUCUGCAAACUAGUAAAUAGUAUUGCUGGAACUUCUAGUUACUUGUGAAGCACAGCUAGUUUACCUUAAAUCUAUGAAAUGUGUAUCACACAUUUUGAUAGUGUCAGCACCAAUCUCUCAAUACAGUAGUUAAACAAAAGAUGUCACGGAAAGCCACCUCAAUGUGAGACAAGCACAUUAACUACAGGACUGUAAUGUUUAAUUCAGUCCUCAAUAUGUUUGUGGUUUGGUUUGUCAUAAUUUUAUUAUUUUUAAUGGAAAUUCUAGGGAUAUACUUUAUAAUAUCCUUUUUGUUACGUAGAUCCUGCCCCUGAAGCCUUAUGAACAAAAGCAGUGCUUUUUCCUCAUACUGUAAUCCUUUUAGAUGUGUAACAGACUUAAAAUUAUUCUAUAGACACUUAGACUACUUUAUCUCAAUCAAGUGGUCUGUGUGGUACUCCUGGUGUCUUGCUCCAAUACUGUAAAACAAUGUUAAUAUUGUAGGGUUCAACACUCCUCUAGUGGCUGUCUUUGUGAUGGCCAUUAGAUGAUGCUUCGGUACCCACCAGUCACUGUUCUUGACGAUCAAAGUCCUGACACAUUGCAUGAGGAUGUUGAAGGUUCUCUAAUCUUUCUCAUAGUGGAGCAUUCGAUUUAAUGCUUCUCUGUAAGAAACCAUUUGAUGCGUUGUGGUGGUUUCAGAGCAUUAAGUCUACAAUGCUUCAUAGCAAAGCUUUGGAUUGGUCAAGCCUGAUGUCAGCAGAAGUGGAUGGGGACUGCAUAGAAGUGUCUGAUUCCAUGUAAAUAACUAGUCCAUUUACUCAUCUAUUAUACUGGGAGAGGGGGGCCCAGACAAAUAUGUGAUGUAGCACUUUUUAUAGAGCUCCUUUAAAAUGCCACUACUUUAUAAAAUGUAACCUUGUUAUAAACAAGCUUCUUAUUCUAACCAUGCUCCCUGGAUGUAUUAAUAUAGCUAUCUUACCAGACACCUGCAGUUUUUUUACAAUUGGUGUGGAUCACUCUGGGACACAUGCUAACCAAACCUGCAUGCGCCCUGCUCAAUCAGUACUGAUGGCCAUUUCGCUUGCAGUAAAUAUAGUAGGACCAUUUUGUUUGACCUAGUAGAGGUUCUGUUACCCAUUUCCUAAUGUCAUGCUGGAAUUUAGAUGACAGACUGUGGAUCGCAUUGCAAUGUCAGAAAGUGAUGGCUGUGCCUCAUGGAUCAUAUAAUCCAAAACUCUGUGUAGAGCUAGUCAGCCUUCAGUUUGCAGACAAUAGCUCAAAUGUGUUUCAUCCUGGCAUUGGUGUGUAACGAUAUAACUAAAAUGGUAUUUAUUUAUUUUUUUAAAGAAUUUAAUCUCCGACAAAUUAAAGUGCAUGGUGUGUGUAAAAUUCAGUUCUGCGUGUGAUGGCACUGACUUUCCAUCUUACUAGAUAUUCUCUCGUUAUUCUGUGUAACAAUCUUAAUACACAAUAAGGAUGCCCAUUCUAGUUUAAGUCUAGUACAUUUCCAACAUGCCAGCAAAUAAAGCUCUUCACACAGUCUAAAGGGAUGCUUCACUGCAUAGAUUUUCACGUUUCAAUGUGUUGUAUUUAUGGUGUGAUGCUGCUAAUAGCCUUUCUCACCUUUCUGGGUGUUGAGGUGCUGUGUGUGUACCGUGGACAUUUUAAGGAAGCAUGCCUUAUUUCCUUGUAAAUUGAAAAUGUAAAAACAAGUUAAUUGUAAUCUGUUAGUGCUUAAAGGGAUAGUCUGCUUUAAAAAUGUGUAUUUUUUACUCUACUGCACUAAACUGUUCUGCAUCUAAAAUCAUUCAAACUUUUUUUUUUUUUGGGGGGGGGGGGGGUCUGUUCAGGCUAGGCAGCAGAGAAUGUCAAAGCUAUAAAGAAAAAAAGAAACAAUUCAUGAAAAUUAGAUAUUAAGAAGUCUCUAAAUCGGUUUUAAUAAAGAUGUCUGUUUCAAACAGCCCUGAUUUCAGAUAAUCCAAAAAUUAUGGUACCAAAACGGUUUGUGCAUUCCAGAGCUCGUAAGUAGGCACACUUAUUGGAAUAGAAAUGUACUGAGCAAUGUUUCGCUCGAACAGUGGGUCUUUCACCCACUGCUUAUCUAAGAUGGAGGUGCUCAGCUGCAAACUGAAGAGAUGUGGAAUUCUUUUACGGGAACACUAUAGCAUUGGGAAUACAAAUAUUUAUUCCUAACGCUAUAAUACCCUAGUCAUCGUUUAGAUUACUGGGCUUCUAUAUUUUUUGGUUUUAAAUGUUUUACUUCACUGUUUUGUGGAAGCAGCUCUAGUGGCUGUUGGUAUGACACUGGAAGCAGGUAAACUCUGCUAUGAAAACAUUGCUGUUCCUGCAGAACUGUGAUGUUUAGAGCUGCAAAGUUAAAACGGUGAAGACCUGGAACUCUGACCACUUAAUUGAGGUUAAGUGGUCUUUGUUCCUAUAGAGUCUGCAUAGCAGCAUGUUUGUUAAAUGUUGAUAAGUCAACAUAACAUUAAAGGGACACUUUAGUGUUAGAAAUACAAUUGUAUUCCUAACACUAAAGUGUCCCUUUGCACCCACAGCCUUACACAGGUAAGGGAAUUUAAAGGGUUUAUAACCCUUUCAUGGACAGGAGAGCGGAUUCCUGCGUCAAGAUCAUUCUCUGCCGAUGGCAUGGACCUAAUGUGCAAGUCAAGCUUUGUUAAACUGCAGGAAGCACCACUAGUGUCUGGUAGACAGCCACUAACGACACCUUUGGCACUGCAGUGUAAGCAUUGCAAUUUCUCUUAAACUGAAACAUUGUAUUACUAACACUAUGCUGAAGUCUGAAUCUACAGAAGCAACAAGUCUUGAUUAUUUCCCCCGAGCAUGAUUUAUACAUAGAUUUCAUAGUUCAUCAAAGCAAUUGGGGGAGAUAGGUUCACCACUAAGAUUAAUGGGGGAAUAGCAUCUUUUUAGCUACUAGAAAAGAUCAGGCACUGACUAUUUUGCAUGAUGGGCACCAUAACUGAAAUGGUUGAUCUUGGUAGUUUGCAGUUUAAUUUUGGACUGUGUAUUGGUAAUGAACAAUUACAAGAAUAUCUGUCUGCUAUAGCUUACUAUACUCAUCUGGCUUUAUAAAUCUUUGCUGUUAAGCUAUCUUAAGUUCAUAAAAAGUGUUGCAUUAAUGUUGGCGUCUCUGAACGUGCCUGCAUCUGAACCUGUAUGCUGACAAUGUUAACAAAAUGUAACUUGACAAAUGGUAGAGCGCAGAGAGGCCUGUCAGUUGGAAAUUUUGCCAAAAAAAUUUACUUGAAAUGAUGGUUUUUAUAUACUUUUUUUUUUUGUGUGUGUGUCUCUGUUCUAUAAAUGCAUCUUUAUUUCGCUUUACUUUCAGGAACUUAAUGAUUUGCAACGUGACCCUCCUGCCCAGUGUUCAGCAGGACCAGUGGGUGAUGACUGUAAGUUGACAAUUACUAUUAAAACAAAGUAGGAGUAGGUUUUGAAUGUGGAAACCUAAUGGAUAUAUUAUCUCAUUUCAGUGUUCCAUUGGCAAGCAACCAUCAUGGGACCUGUAAGUAUUUGAUAUUUUUUUUUUUUGCUCCAUUUUGUACAACUGCUUGACUUGGCUGAAGUAAAAAAAUGUCUCUGUUGAGAGUAGAAGAUAAAAUAUACUUGUUUAAUUGCAAGGGAACCUCCAGCUAGUGUAUAUGCUGUUUGAUAUAAGAUUUCUCUCUACCUGUACAAACAUGCCAGUUCUAUCUCUGUUCAGAUUUGAUUAGAGAUUGUCUACAAACCUCAAAUCUAGUUUGUCUGCCCUUCAAAGAAAUCUAAAGCUCAUACAGGCAAUAUUUUUGUCUAAACUGCCAUGCACUUGAAUGUAUCGAAUACCUAGAGGUCCAGUAUAUGUAACUGUACGAGCAGAUGGCUUUCAAUCAAUUAUCAGAUUAGGCUUGUAAAAUGUCGGCAAGGUGUUUUUAAAAACAACCUGUAAAUAGUUACAUUAAGUUUAUUAAAGGGCCCACUAUAGGCACCCAGACAAAGUCAGCUUAAUGAAGUGGUCUGGGUGCCAGGUCCAGCUAGGUUUAACCCUUUUUUCUAUAAACAUAACAGUUUCAGAGAAAGUGUUAUGUUUAUAAUAGGGUUAAUCUAGCCUCUAGUGGCUGUCCCAUUGACAGCCGCUAGAGGCGCUUCUCACUGUGAUUUAUUUUCAGUGAGAAGAUGCCAGCGUCCAUAGGAAAGCAUUGAGAAUGCUUUCCUAGGGACUGGCUGUGCGCGCAUGUGCAUUCAGCCGAGGAGGAGUCGUCCCCCGCCCGGCGCUGGAGAAAGAGGUAAAUUUAACCCCUUCCGCCCCCAGAGCCCGGUGGGACGGGGACCCUGAGGGUGGGGGUACCCUCCUGGCAUUAUAGUGCCAGGAAAACAAGUGUUUUCCUGGAACUAUAGUGGUUCUUUAAAGGGGUUUUUUUUUUUAAACCACCAUGACAACUUCUGCUUUUUAAUAUUGUGGUAGGAGUCUGGAUGUGCAGUUUUCUGGUUAAAACUGCACAUACUGGAAGGUUGAACUCCGCUUCGGGCUGUAUUAAUGUCAAUUAUGUACAUACUUUUACUGUUUCUCGUUGUUAAGCUCAUGUCUCCACUCCCUCGUUGUCUGCAGCCCUCCCUGACUCUAUCCCAUUCUGAAAUGUAUUUUAUUUUUUCUGUUUUUUUAUUUAUUUUUUUUUUUUUUAUUGCUCCUGCUCUCCCUUUCCCUCUGAGUUUGUAAAAUGGUACAAACAAAGAUUUCAUUAUGAAGUUUAGCAAACACCCUUCCCUGAUGUUCGGUUGUUCGUACCCCCUUGUUCCUCUCCCGAAUGGACGGUGUGUGGUUUCCCCUGUUAUAACAAUUCGAACACUGCCCUCCCCUUGCUGUUAACUGCAAAUUGGUGAUUAACUCAAGUGCUUUCCCUGGGUGGUUGCCAUUUGUAUAACUGAGCGCAUGUGGUCCAGUGCAUGGCGAACAUUUUGUCUUCCGAACGCAGGCAGCGGUACUUAAUUGUCGAACGCCUGGAACGGUUUUCGGCUUCGCUAACCCGGUCUUAUAUGGUACCGCUGCCCAUCCUACUUCACGACCACCUAGACAAACAGCGUUCAGGAGAUGGGAUCUUCUAAGCAUGGGGAGUAUUCGCUCCCGAACAGCCAGGGGAGCAUUCGUCGGUGUUCGUGUGAGAACCCCGAAAAAUGACCAGUUGUUGCUUUUGUUUUCUAUGAAACAGUUUGAGGUAUGACCUCGUGGCACAGGUCAAAACGUAAUUCGAACAGCGUUUCCGAACCACUGAACGAAUCUGAGUGUAAUUUUGACAAAAUGGGCGCUUAGACCCAAGCUGUUCGGUGAUCUGACUUUAAGGAGACCUAUGAAGCACAGAUGACCGCUUUGCUGAAGUGAAUGCUAAUCAUUGGGAGAUAUAUUCACCCUUCUGGAAUAAACUACCCAGAUAAGAUGGGUUUUUUUACCACACAAGUUGAACAUAAGCAAUAUAAGGGAUACUUAUAUGAUAUAAGAUAUCUCGUUAAAAACAUAAUUCCAUCUGAAUAACUCCAUUAUAAACAGACUUUUAUUUUUUAUUUUUUAUUUUUUUAUUUUUUUUUAUCUCUCUCCUUUAUGGAGUAAAUAAUCUUGCAGUGCAUGGCACUGCAUAUUGGUAGGAGAGCAGAGCAAGAGUUGAAGGAAAGCAAGGAGAAGAGGGAAUGGAGAGAAAAAAGGAAACAUCAAGACUGACGUCAUCUGCAAUCGGCUUGGUGUUACUACACAAGUUGAAUAGAAGGAAUAUAAGGGACACUUAUAUGAUACGAUAUCUCGUUAAUAAUACAAUCCCAUGUGAAUAACUCCUUUAUUAUAAACAAAGGCCAUCUUUUUUUUUUUUUGUUUUUGUUUUUUUUUUUCUUCUAAAUGGCUACCAAAAAAGCAGCUCUGGUCAGACACUAACCAACCAUUACUACGCUUCCUCAUACAACCAAUAUCAACCCACAAAUAACGAAUACUAUCCACCACAAUAGAGCUAUCGUAAAUCAUCAAACCGAGCACCAAACAAACCAAUAUCAUCUAACUAUUACAAUUUACCAAGCCCAAAUGGGAAACACUACUCACCCAAACCACAAAGAUCAUGCAUAAAAUGAAGAAUACUUACCUGUCACAUUUAAUCACCAAAACCGAUACCAAUUACGAUCACUAGAAUCUAAAAUUGAUAAUGACGAACAUUUUUUAGAAAUCCGAACCUAUCCCAACACAUAUGUACAAACACCAUACCCACCAAGAGCCAAAACAUUUUUUAAAUCAAAGUAUAGAGGAAGACGAAGUGGCAGAAGAAAGAUCUGAAAGAUUUAUAACUACCAAAUGAAAAUGUGGAAUCUUUAACAAUUUUUUUUUUUUUUUUUUUAACAAUCUCACAAAUAUCUGUUAUUAAUAAGGGCCUUAAAUUUGCCUCCACAAACACUUUCAAACCAUUUGAAGUAUUCCUGGAUGUUAACAAAUUUGUACGUAAGGCCACCUUGAAAAGAUUCUUUGCUGAAAUAAAUUACCCCAGCAACCCCUCUACUUCACUCUCAAACACACUUUUAAAUGAUAUAAAUAGCCUUACCAACCCAUCUACCUCAUUUUCAAACACACCCCAAAAAUGAAACAAACAUUAUUAGCACACACCUAAAAGAGAAAAUUUUAAUUUUAUCCCUCUAAUUACAAAUCAGCCCCAUUAAUAAUGUUCGAAAAAUCCGUCUUAAAGGACUUUGAAAAAAAUUUAACACUAAAUUUACUCCUCACAACUUAACACAACAAGAAAGGACUGCACUUAACUAUCUUUGUCAUCUUGUAAUUGUUUAUCAAACCAGCAGACAAAGGCGGAGGGCUGGUCAUACUAUCCAGUAAAGCCUAUAUAGAAGAGGCCCUUAGACAACUGACCGACUGUAAUGUGUAUGAAAAAUUACCAUCUCAUCCCACAUUCAAUAUUCAACAAAUUUUAACUACAUUUUUAAACAAAGGCCUUGAGUCACAAAUUUUAAACACAGGAGUUCAGUUACUUAACAUGAAUUUUUGGGUAUUUUAUAUUUAUAUAUAUAUAUAUAUUUUUUUUUUUUUUAACCCAAUAUCCAUAAAAAUGAAAUAAAACCCCCAGGUAGACCAAUUGUAUCAGGGAUUGGCUCGUUCCUGUGUAACCUAUCCCAAUACAUUGACAUCCUUCUACAACCAUCAGUAAGAUUAAUGAGAUCAUAUUUAAAGGAUUCAAUGUCACUCUUAAGAUUCCUAUGUAAUUUUAAUUGGAACCCAAACCUUAUUUUAGAUACGUGUGACGUUCAAUCAUUAUAUACAAUUAUUCCCCAUAACAUAGGUUGUGAAGCUGUUAAAAAUACCCUUAAGACUGAAGAACGAAUACCUGACAACCAAAUUGAUUUUAUUCUAGAAGGCAUCAAUAUUAUACUAACAAACAACUAUUUUUGGUUUUUAGAUUCUUUUUGCCUCCAAAACAGAGGCACUGCUAUGGGGACCAGGUUCGCCCCCAGCUAUGCCAACCUCUUUAUGGCUGACUGGGAGUCCACGGCCAUUUGGGGUGGGCACGCUUGGCGUGCAAACCUGGUCUAUUUUAGAUACAUAGAUGACCGUUUGUUUUUUUUUUUGUUUGUUUUUUUUAUCUGGGAAGGUUCGGAAAAUUCCCUGAAUUCUUUUAUUACUGCCCUCAACACAAAUAACAGUAAUUGUUAUUGUUUUAACAUGUGAAUAUAGUAGGGAAUCCGUUAACUUUUUAGACUUUUUUAUUAAAGACAAACUCAAUACUAGAACAUUUUUUUAAAAAGUUUGCACGAAUACAGCCAUAGACCGAUCAAGCUGUCACUAGAAACCCUGGCUUGAAAGUGCUCCCAAAAGCCAAUUCCUACGACUUCACCGAAAUUGCUCCCUAAUAGACGAUUUUAAUGAUCAGGCCAACUUUUUAAAGAACAAAUUUAUUGAAAAUAUUCACCUAGCAGCCUAAAUCACUAUCAAUAAAGUUAAAGAACAAGAGAGACAAUCUGUUAAUAUAUCAAGACAAAAAUACCCAUGAUUUUUUAACUUUAAUGAUAAAAGUGGCCCUAUUAAAAGAAUUGUGAAAUAACGCUGGCAUCUAUUGAAACAGGAUGAAACACUAAAGAAUAUCUUACCUGAAAAACCAAAUAUUAUUUUUAGAGGAGCCCCAAAUUUUAAUCCAUCCUAACUACCAAUUUUACAAGAGAACUUAAAACAAAAAAACACAGCUUUUCCCUUCUGACACUAAAGGCUUUAAGUGCCAACGAUGCGUAGUAUGUAAAAGCACAGAUAAAUCAGUACCAUCUAAAACCACACAUUUUAAAUCAAAUAGGAUUUUAUCAGUUGUAGCACUAAAAAUGUUUAUCUGCUGGAGUGCCCAUGUGGCCUCCAAUAUGUAGGGAUGACCACAAGGAGCCUAAAAGUUAGAUUAAGCGAACACUGUAUGAAUAUCUCUAAAGGUUACCCUAACCAAUCAGUGUCUAAACAUUUUACAAUACAUAGUAAGGACCCAAAAUUACUGAAAUGCAUUGGUAUCAAGAAAUGAAACGUUCCAUGGCGAGGAGGAAAUAUAAAAAAUAUCCUCGGUAGAUCCGAAAUGGAAUGGGUUUUUAACUUGGACACUUGCUUCAAAUGGUUUAAACAUAGAUUUUGACUUGCAUAAUUUUAUUUAACUUUUUAAUUUUUUAAGAAAUAUUUUUAUUCUCGUAUACAUUCAUUGCAUUCUUAUUUCUUAAAUAGGAGUUAUCCCUUCUUAAUAUUUAUUGGACCUUAGCUAAUAAUCACUAAUAUCAUUCCAUGUGGUGACUUUAUACAACCAAUCUUCACACAAGUGACAUUACCUAUAGAGAUUAGAGACUACCCUUAGCAUAGUUGUUUCAAACUACGGCAUUAUGUUCAGCAGUAGCCUCUUAUGUCCAUUAUGUAUAAUUUUACCCUUGAUUACCUAUUUUUUUUUAUUUACGUUCUUUACAAUAUUUCUGCUAGCUCUUGUGUUAAGUUUAGAAAUUAUUAUUCCUAAUGCUAUCCAGACCCUUACUAUAACCACUUCCUCCCAUUCAUUUUUAUGUCUCUAUUUUAUUUACUCUAAUUUGUCUUUUAUCAUAUAGUACUUAUAUUUCUUUAAAUCCAUUAUGGUUCUUAAUCAACACUUAAAUUGUAUAUCUAGUGCAAUUAAUACGAUUAGGAUGUUCCACUUUAAAUAUAGUAUAUGUGUAUAUAUGUAUAUAUACACAACUAUUAAUUUCCCCUCUAAAUAUGGCCGCCGUGCCCCACCUCCCCCUGCUAAUUACGUUUACUUUCCCCUACUAAUUUUGUUUAAAUGUUUCCCCCACUCUAUCCUUCACCUACUAGUAAUUAUGCUUAAAUACAUGUUUCCCACCCUUAUCUUCACUUAAACUCUGCUAAAAACACUGUUUUCGCCAAAAACGAGAAACUACCCUUUAAACUACAUUCCCCAUCAGACCUUGCGGCCGGUAAACACAGACGCGCACGCGACCCUAGUCUCCUGCUUUGGCUUUAAACAGCCGAUACAUGUUAUAUAAUGCUCGUUUUUAAAAUUAAAUAUUAUGCCCAUGGUCCCCAAGUCUCCUGCUAUCCACCCACACCAUUAUUUAUUGAAUUUUUUUUAUGUACUAAAUUUCGAUGUGUGCUGAUUGGUGGACAGCCUAUGGUGCAAUUUUGGAGCCACUUUUUAACUACCCUCUCCCCUAUAUUUUCCCUAUUUGCCAGGUUGACUGUUAUUUAUCCAUUUGAUAAAGCCCACACUGUGAAAUGCGUUAUGGAUAUUUAUUUCAAAACUUUAUAUUGAAUAAAGGAUUUUUGGUUUUAUUACAAACUACUACCUCCUUAUUUCAAUAAUUUACUCAAUCUCAGUUUAUUUUUUCCUGGCAAUUUUAUUCAUUUUAUUUAUUUUUAACCUGAAGAGCGGUUAUCUACUUUACUCUCAAGAACCUCCUGGGUGGGGAUCAUACCACUAACGCUGUCAUCACUGAGCAUACCUAGAUUACCAUCUACUGUGAAAGACUACGACCAUCAUAUCCCAUAAAUGGGAUUAUACCACUGUAUGCGAUAUCCACUAGAGCUGGUCAUAGCUCUUGUUCGUGUGAGUGCAAUAUUUUUAUCUCUUAAGUGUUGUCCGUCUAGCCCAGACAUAUUGCACGAUCAGGUCGCUCUGUCUUUUCUUUUUUUCCACAUACGGAGACUGAGAAGACCCAGACCCUUCACAUCCCUCUAGUAUAAAUAACCAAGAUACCAAAGCUGGACUUACCUAUUUAUCUAUUUAUUUUACUUAGAGACUACUUUAAUUCUGUAUAUCGUAUUUUAUUGGGAAUAUAUUUGAAUAUAUUUUAGUACCUCCUUUCUGUGGUGCAGCCCUUCCCCAUUUGUUUUCAUUUGUUACUUUGAAGGGUUCAGAGGGAUCUUCUUAGGGUUGCUGCCUUAUAUUACUUUUAUUUUAUUUAGCGCUGACCCUUUCUGUUUAUCUGGUCACAAAUGUCUCAACAAAAAGAUAGGAGGGACCCAAAACAGGAUAAGAAUCUGGACGGGUACUUCUCUCAGCAAACCAAAGAAAAGAGAGAAUCCUUAAAUUUUUCCACAUCUGUUGGAAUCUUCCGUUACAGAUGUAAAUAAAGAUGAUGAAGAAAUUACUAUUAAAACCUUAAACUCAAGUCUUCAAGCCGUAUUAGAGGUAAUAAAGAAGGAAAUUUCCUCAAACUCUGCAGCAAUACGUGCUGAAAUUAGAAAGGAACUAAAUAAGUUAUCAGAUAAACUUCAGGCUAUGGAGGACAGACUAAUAAACACAGAUUUUCAGAUGGCAACUCCUAAAUUAAGUAAAAGCUAUGGCUGUAAAAAUUCAAAACCAAGAGAAUAAAAUAGAAGAACUAGAAGAUCGCUCACGAAGAAACAAUCUCAGAUUUUACGGAAACUAACAAGAAAAUUUGCAAGAAGUUUUAAAGCCUUGGGCCUCCAGUCAAAUGGAUUUGAUGGAAAAAAAUAGUCAGAUGUCAUCGUAUUCAUAAGCCAGCAAAUCUGUCUUCUAAAAAUUCCAAGAGACAUAAUUGCUUCCUUCUAUUCAUCGGAAUUUAAAGAGAAAGUACUAAGUGCUAGCAGAGAUAAAAUUAUUAAGGAUGGCCUUUAUUCAAAGAUAAUUGCUCUGCCAGAUCUAUCUUUUGGCACAAGAAGUAAGAGAUUUUUUUUCUCCAGAGAUAAGCAUCAUCAAGAGACACAACAUAAGCUUUAAAUGGCUUCCCUACGAAGAUGGUCAUAUAUACAGGCAGAGACUUUUGACCACCCAGAUAAGUUAAAAACAUGUAUGUUGAAUAAAUCUCUCCACUGACCUUUAGUCAUUACAUUAUAUCGGACGGCUUGGGACUUUUUUUUUAAAUAUAUAUGUAUGUUCUCGGAUACUUCAAUUUAGUAUUGUACACGGGUGUAAAGGCUGAAUGACUUAUUAUUUUGUCACUAAAAUGUUGUUUUUUGCCACAAUAUAACAGAUUAAUAGAGGUCCUAUUAGGAUUAAUAAAUAUAUUUGAUGCUACAGUAAUCACGAUAAGAAGUAGGAAUUUCUAGGCAACUUAAAUAUUAUAAAAGGGAGGGAGGAGAAGGGGAUAGAACUAACCACAGAUAAAUGUUUAAAUUGAUAAAAUGAUCUAACUCACAUUAGAAUAAAUUAUGUUUAAGGUUGAAGUAAUGAACGCUUACUCCACUUAAGGUUAUAAUAAUCAUUUGAUUUAGUAAAUUUCGUAGCAAUAAAGCACCUUAUAUGAUGUAUCAUAUUUAAUAUUAUCGUUUUGUUGUUUUCUCUCCACUUCUCGGUAUAUGUAUAUAACAUGAGCUUAAAAGUGAUUUUGGGCAAUGGCCUCAGCCCCUCUUCCUGUGUUUUAACACAGGUAUUCCAAAUCUUCCAGUCUUAGGAAGAUUGUUGGAACCCAUGGCCUGUAGACCAUGGGGUCAUAUUGUGUUAAUUGUAGAUGGAAGUAUGGUGUUCCAUCUCUUGUUUGUCUUGUCCAAUGUAUUGUGUUUGUUUGUUUUUUGUUUUUUUUGGUUUGUUUUUUUUCUCUUGGACACUGCUUUUUAUGUAUAUUUUAAAAGACACUUACUGGUAAAUAAGUUAAGGGCUGGAAUACAGGUAAUUUCUAGGUACAGUAGAAUUACUCCUUCUAAAAUUUAAAUGUUGAGAUUUGUCAAUGUACAGGGGUUGAAUACAAGGUGGAAGAAACAGAUACUAUAUGAGUUUAUGAAUUCCCAUAAAAUUCAGAUAUUCUUUCUUCAAGAAACUCAUUGGAUUAAGUCAGCAACACAAAAAUGGGGUGGAGAAAAAUAUAAAUACAUUUAUCAGGCAUCUCUAGAUAAAGAUAAGAAAUGUGGGGUAGCGAUUGUAAUUGAUUCAAAUCUUAAACACGAUCUAAAAUUAAUAGAUUUGGAUCCUAGUGCUAGAUUCCUUAUAAUCAUAUGUUCUAUUGAAGAUAAAUUUACUUUUAGUAAGUGUGUAUUUACCAAAUCUUAAUUUAAUCCAGGUGUAGUCAACCUUUUUCUACCUACCUCCCACUAAUGCAUCUUUCUUGAUGGGGAAAAAUGUCCUUACCGCCCACCAGUUUUCGCGCAAGUGCAGAAUAUUUUUUAGAAAGGAGGGUGUACGUACAUUUAUCUUUUUAUUUCUACUUUAUGCAUGUUUAUAAUGUUUUUAUCUUUAGAAAGUUUCAUGAGAAGACAAAGUAAAUUGAAAUUACCUUUACUAGUGAUUGAGAUCCUUGAGGUUGAUGCUGCGAGACUAAAUAUUUGAUAUCUGGUUUGAUUUUCGUAAGGAACAAAUGAAGGUCUCCUCUUUCGGUGAUAUUCAGACGACCUCUGUUUGCUCAUAAUGAUUUCUCAUUCGUGCAUCAGAUCCCCUCCUCUCCCUCCUACCCCCCAUCUUUUUACCUUCCUUAUAGCAAUGCCCAGCAGGAAGGCUGAGCUAGGUAGCCCACUUAUUAGCCAACAACAAUUCUCUCCUUUUCCUUUUUAUAUUUUCCUUUUCUCCUUUUUUACAAGUACUCUGCUCCUUCUUUCUCCUAUUCUACAAGUACUCUGCUCCUUCUUUCUCCUUUUAUACAAGUACUCUGCUCCUUCUUUCUCAUUUUUAUAAGUACUCUGCUCCUUCUUUCUCCUAUUCUACAAGUACACUGCUCCUUCCUUCUAUUCUACAAGUACACUGCUCCUUCCUUCUAUUCUACAAGUACACUGCUCCUUCCUUCUAUUCUACAAGUACACUGCUCCUUCCUUCUAUUCUACAAGUACACUGCUCCUUCCUUCUAUUCUACAAGUACACUGCUCCUUCCUUCUAUUCUACAAGUACUCUGCUCCUUCCUUCUAUUCUACAAGUACUCUGCUCCUUCCUUCUAUUCUACAAGUACUCUGCUCCUUCCUUCUAUUCUACAAGUACUCUGCUCCUUCCUUCUAUUCUACAAGUACUCUGCUCCUUCCUUUCUCCUUUUUUACAAGUACUCUGCUCCUUCCUUUCUCCUUUUUUACAAGUACUCUGCUCCUUCCUUUCUCCUUUUUUACAAGUACUCUGCUCCUUCCUUUCUCCUAUUUUUACAAGUACUCUGCUCCUUCUUUCUCCUAUUCUACAAGUACACUGCUCCUUCCUUCUAUUCUACAAGUACACUGCUCCUUCCUUCUAUUCUACAAGUACACUGCUCCUUCCUUCUAUUCUACAAGUACACUGCUCCUUCCUUCUAUUCUACAAGUACUCUGCUCCUUCCUUCUAUUCUACAAGUACUCUGCUCCUUCCUUCUAUUCUACAAGUACUCUGCUCCUUCCUUCUAUUCUACAAGUACUCUGCUCCUUCCUUCUAUUCUACAAGUACUCUGCUCCUUCCUUCUAUUCUACAAGUACUCUGCUCCUUCCUUCUAUUCUACAAGUACUCUGCUCCUUCCUUCUAUUCUACAAGUACUCUGCUCCUUCCUUCUAUUCUACAAGUACUCUGCUCCUUCCUUUCUCCUUUUUUACAAGUACUCUGCUCCUUCCUUUCUCCUUUUUUACAAGUACUCUGCUCCUUCCUUUCUCCUUUUUUACAAGUACUCUGCUCCUUCCUUUCUCCUUUUUUACAAGUACUCUGCUCCUUCCGUUCUCCUUUUUUACAAGUACUCUGCUCCUUCCGUUCUCCUUUUUUACAAGUACUCUGCUCCUUCCUUUCUCCUUUUUUACAAGUACUCUGCUCCUUCCUUUCUCCUUUUUUUACAAGUACUCUGCUCCUUCUUUCUCCAUUCCCUGUUUCUAUUUUUCUUUUUCUUUUUUUUUUUUUUAUCCUUUUCUUUUACCUUCCUUAUGGCAAUGUACAAAAGUAAGCCCACUUAUUAGCCAACAACAAUUCUCUCUUUACUCUGCCUAUAACUUUUCUUUCUCCUAUUUUACAACCACUCUGCUCCACUUCUGCCUGUCCCUGCUAUCAGGCAUCAGCUCCCACUCCUCCCCUUCCUCUUCCCACGUGUUACACUUUUGCGCGCCCAUGCACGCGUUCGCAUGCACUGUCUCAAACGGAAGAUUUAGCCACCGAAAUCCCUACCGCCCACCUGGAAUCCUGAAACGCCCACUAGUGGGCGGUAGGGACCAGGUUGACAACCCAUGAUUUAAUCCAACACUUCUGUCCAAAAUUCUUUCUAGAAUAGAGCACAUCAUUACUGGUACCUUAAUUAUUAUGGGCGAUUUUUAACUGUUUUCGACGCACAUAUUGAUUAAAAAAAAUCUUGCCAUAAGCUGAAGUCUGAUGGGCAAGUCUGUAAGCAAGCUAAGACAUUGACAAACCUAGCUGCUCUUUACGGGCUAUGACGCUUGGCGAAUGUUCCAUCCAGACAUUGUUGAUUUUACACAUCUGUCUAAGGUCCACAAUUCCUAUUCCCGAAUAGACCUCUGUUUGGUCAAAGCCACUACCCUUAAAGAAAUAGAAAUUAUCCAAAUUAAGGACAAUACAUGGUCUGACCACUCCCUUCAGAUUCUCCAGUUAGGAAGGUCAGUACAGAAUUUGUUGAACUCUUGGAGAAUAGAUGAUUCUCUUUUUAAACUUAAGGUAAAUUACGAUUGUAUAAUAUAAUUAACUAGAUUCUACUGGAAUGAAAACAUUAAUCCAGAUAUUUGAUUCCACUUUGUGGACAGCUUACAAAGUAGUCAUUAGAGGAUAUCUUAUUAAAAUGGAAAACAAUUCUAAAAAAUUGUUGAAUAGGGACCUGGUGGACCUAAACAUAUUAUACUUCAAUACCUCUAAAUUGAAUAAGGGUCACCCAACGCCUCAAUUUAGUGCAAGAUUAGUUGAACUCCAAAAACGUAUUAAGGUAACUAUUAAUAAAUUAAGAUUAAAUUCUUAUCAAGGUAAUAGGACGAAUAAGAAACUUAGGUUAAAAAAACAAAAUAUUACUAAUAGUCAAACUCAUUGAAAAAGGAAUAACCUAUUCCUCUCAAGAAACUAUUGGCCAAACAUUUAACGAAUUAUAUACCAAACUUUAUAAUCUCGACAUCGUUUCUGAUAGGACUGGAAUAAAACAGUACUUAAUAAUACAUUUAUUCCUAAGGUUACUGACUUGGAAUUGGACCAAGAUAAUGGUGAAAUUCCAUUAGAUGAGGCAAAUACAGAUAGAUAAACUAGAACUCCUAAAGACACCUGGGCCGGAUGGAUUUUGUAAUGGUUUUUACAAAAUUAUGAAAAAUCAGUAAGCCUCUUGUGGCUUUCUUUAAUGAAAUAGCUCUAAAGACCACAAUCCCAGACGAACUUCUACAAGCCAAUAUUCUCCCAAUUUUAAAAAUGGAUAAAGAUCCUACUGAUGUUAGAAAUUAUAGACCAAUUUCUUUAAUAAACACUGAUUUAAAAAAGUCUAUGCAGCAAUUCUAGCAAAUAGACUAGGACCGUGUAUUGAGAAAUUGGUCCAUUCAGACCAGGUAGGAUUUGUUCAGGGCAGGUCUUCAGAUACCUGCACUAGGAGCAUCAUAGAUAUUCUUGAUCUUAUUGAGCAUCGGGGAUCACAUUUUUGGCCCUGUUACUGGAUACAGAGAAUACCUUUGACAGGGUCAGCUGGGGAUUCCUCGACAAGGUAUAAACCUCCUUCGGUUUCACGGGUUGGAUACAUGAAGCCAUAAUGGCCCUUUAUUCUAGACCCCAAGCUAGAACCAUAGGUGUUAUGUCCGACUGGUUCAGUUUGAAGAACGGUACAUGUCAGGGUUGCCCUUUAUCCCCUACUUCUGUAUAUUCUUACACAAGCCGCUUGCAAUUAAUAUUAGAAAUAACUCAAAUAUUGAGGGCUUUCUAAUAAAAAACAGAGGUAAAAAUAUUAGCACAUGCCGAUGUUAAUUACACGUACGGCCUUGGAAGCUUCAUUAAGUUUUCUUAUGCAAACGAUCGAUGAAUAUUCUAAAGUUUCUACAAAUUAAAUGUAUCUAAGUCAACUGCCAUAACUAUGAACAUUGAUAAAUAUAGAUUAGAUGAACUAAAAGACCGUUUUGACUUUAGAUGGUCUGAUGGUAAUUUCACUUAUCUCAGCAUUACAAUUUCUUCUCAGGUUAGCAAAAUUAUGGAAAUAAAAUGUUUUAAAAUAUACAAAUAUAAAGUUGAAAGAGUGGCAAAACUUAGAAAUGUCUUGGUCUGGUAGAAUAAACAUAAUCAAUUCAUAUAUCAUUCCUAAAUGGACAUAUUUAUUUAGAAUGAUACCGUUGGCUGUCCCAGACAGUUGGCUUACAAUGAUUCAGUCUAGUAUCCAAUUAUAUAUCUGGCAAGGUAAAAAAACAAGAAUCAGUAGGAAGGUGUUAUCAAGAAAAUACAACCAAGGAGGAUUGAACUAUCCAGAUAUUAGAACACGCUACUUUUCAAAUAUCACUCAUGUAUAUAAAUUUCAAGUCGAAUCCUUUAGAGAUGACGUUUGGUUUAAGAUUGAGUCAGAGGUGGCGAGUAAGGAUAGACUUGAAUUUUUCAACAGUGGGGAAAAAUUUCAAAUGACCUCAAUCAAAAAUCACUGGUUCGGUCACAAAUGGCUUGGGAUCUUUUAAAGAAGCGCUUGAAUAUUUCUAAUAGGGUUAUUAAUACCUCCCAUUUGGAGGUCUUAGAAGAUAAUAUGCUGGAUAUAUCACUUGAAAAUUGGCCUAAAUCCUGUAGAUCUAUUAAAGAAAUUAUAUAGAAUGACUUAAUGUCUUUCCAAGAGAUACAAGUUAAAUUCUCUACAAGACAAUAUUCGCCCAAUUUUAAAAAUGGAUAAAGAUCCUUCUGAUGUUAGAAAUUAUAGAGCAAUUGCUUUAAUAAACACUGAUUUAAAAAAAAAAAAUCUAUGCAGCAAUUCUAGCAAAUAUACUAGGACUGUGUAUUGAGAAAUUACAAUUAACUGCAUUAUCAAAUUUAUGUAAACACUUGUCCUUUUAAUGUUUGAUUUUAUGUUGUCCAGAAAAAAUGAAUAAAGAAUACUGAAAGGGGGUGUUUGAGGUAAUACUUUAAUGAUUUUACAUUUUUAAGGUACAACUAGUAUUAAAAAAAAUAAUAAUAAUAAUUUCAGUGUUCAGGCUUAGGAGGGAUUUUUUUGUUUUAGUUUAAGCAAAUACAAAGGUUGCCUCCUUAAACCUCAAGGGUUUUGUACUGGUUUUUAGAAUUAGGUUAUUUAAAACCAAAUGCCUAGAUAGCAUGAGUUUGAUUAUUUUAAAUUAACAUUUUGUUCUUUAAACUGCAGAAGUGUCAUAAGUGAAUGUAAAAGUUUUUUUUUUUUUUUGCUAUGUUUGUCAUAUUUAUAUAAAGAUCAUGGUAUUUCAGUCAUACCUGUUCUAAGUAAAUUUGUAGCAAAACCGUAACCAAAACCUGAGAUCCAUUUAAAGUGAUUCUCCAGUGCCAGGAAAAAAAAACGUUUUCUUGGCCCUGCAUGGUCCUGGAGUCCCCCCUUCCUCCCAUCCCACACUUACCUGAAUACAGCGCCAACGUCCCUCAGUGCAGGGUCAGGCUACUCCUCUGCUGACAUCUGCCGGCGGGGCAGCCCUAAUGCGCAUCCACGUACGCGCAUUAGACCUCGCCAUAGGAAAUUCCUGCGACGUUGCAGGUCCUCAUGCAUAUUGUGCGGAUGUCUAGAAGCCGGAAAUCCCUGUAGUGGCUGUGUGGUAGACAGCUGCUAGAGGAGGACUUAACCCUGCGAGGUAAUUAUUGUAGUUUAUAAAAACUAAAGCUGAAGUGGUCUGGGUGCCUACAGUGUUCCUUUAACCCCUUAAGGACACGUGACAUGUCAUAAUUCCCUUUUAUUUCAGAAAGUUGGUCCUUAAGGGGUUAAAGAAACACAAAGCCCACUGUAGAGGCAGACAGAAUAAACGUGUUUGCACAGUAUGGUAAUGACUUAACUUUAUCUUGUAAACAUACAGGUAGUGCCUCUAAUCUACUGUAGUGUUUUGUGUUUUUUUUUUUAUUAUUAUUAUUUAUUUUUGUUUGUUCCAGUCAGUUGAAAUGCAUAUAGAGUUCUCAGACUAUUUUGUGUCUUUGCAUACUUAACCUAUCUAUAAAAUUCUGUCAGUCUAUGUGGAGGACAAUAAUCUAUAGUGUUUCAUAAUAUGCUUUUUCUUUUAUUCAGACUGACAGUCCAUAUCAAGGCGGUGUUUUCUUCCUUACAAUCCAUUUUCCAACAGAUUACCCUUUCAAACCACCAAAGGUAAUCUUUAUAAACAUCCAUCCUUUCACAUAUUUCCAAAUCGGAUAUUUCAUGGAUUUAUAGGAAUGUCUCAUGUAUUUUUGUCUUCUCAUUCAUUAGUAUAGGGUUUUUUUUUGUUUUUUGUUUUUUUAAUUGAAUCGUUUAUGUACCUAAAUGCAUUGCCAUCCUUUUUGAUUUGCAGGUUGCAUUCACAACGAAAAUAUAUCACCCAAACAUAAACAGCAAUGGAAGUAUUUGUCUUGACAUCCUGAGGUCACAGUGGUCCCCAGCACUGACUGUUUCAAAAGGUAAGAAGCACAAUGCAUUGGUGGGUUGAUUAGUUGUUUUGAGGUAGAAGGAUGUGCUGUUAUGUUUCAAUUGCGUUGUUCAUGAAUAGGGGAAGAAAAGACACUUUACAAAAGAAAUGUGUGAUCCUAAAGCUGCCAUUAUAUUCAAUUAAGAAUAAAUGUAUGACUUAACCCCUUGAGGACCAGUGACUGUUCAGGACUGUCAUCAGUAACAUACCCUUGAGGACCAGUGACGGUCCUGAACCGUCAUAACAGAAAACGGGCCGCUGGAGCGAUCAGAGAUCUCUUCCACCGAAGUCCCGCUGUUACUAUCUGCCCGGCAUCCUGGGCAGAUAGUAACAGCCAAUUACGGCGUGUGAGCGAUCCGCGAUCGCUCCCAUUUGGCUGAUGUCAAAGUGGGUGUUACAAAGACUCACUUUGACACUGAUCUCUGCGCCUCUCUCCUCUAGCGUUUUGUGAGGGAGAGAGACAGAAAUCAUUGCGUGAUAGUUUGUAGCCGGUUCGUUAAAGUGUUGCUAGAGGUCUCAGAACCUGUGAAAAGUAAAAAAAAAAUCAAUUUUAACUCCUUCCCUGCCAAGUCCUGUUACAACAGUGCAUUUGUAGUGUUUCCCUUUUCUUACCUUAAGGGUUUUUUUGUCAAAAAGCUGUUUUAUUUUUAUUUUUUUAUUUUUUUAUAUAAAGGCAUCUUUUUCCUUCAGUUUUAGUCAACUUUAAAAAAAAAAAAAAAUUUUUGUGGUGGCAAUUUUAGUUUUGUCAGUGUGUUGGUGAAACAUGUAGCACAUGUACAGCUUGGAGGCAUAUGCCUUCUUGGAGUCAGACUCCAACGCCACUGACAUUAAGUCUGCUUUUGACCCAAGUAAGUUUUCUGACACGUCAUCUGUGUGUGAGCCGGCUGCAAAAAGCUGUGCUACGCCGAAUGUGGAGGAGGACUGGGUACCUUAACAGUUGAUUGAGCCCAACAUCCCCCCUUUUAGUGCCAACGCAGGCAUUAAUGUCAAUGUGGAUGACUUCUCCCCUAUGCAAUACAUGGAGCUAACUUUAGGGGAUACUAUCUGGGAGGAGAUUGCUUCUCAGACUAACUUAUAUGCUACGCAAUUUUUUUGAUGCCAAUCCAGGUAACUAUGUAGUCAGGGAGCAUGCUUGGCAUCCCACAGAUGUCCCUGAACUCAAAAAAUUCUGGGCUCUUACAAUGCUCAUAGGGAUAAUAAAGAAGCCAUCAAUUUGCUCUUACUGGAGCACCAACCCAAUCUGUUCUAGUCCAGUGUACUCCCAAACCAUGUCUAGAACAAGAAAUGAGUUGGUGCUGGGAUACUUACAGUUCAAUGACAAUACCCUGUCACCCCAGAGAUCACCCCCAAUAUGAUGGGCUUCAUAAAAUACGCCCACUGGGAGACCAUCUUCAGCACAGAUUUUCAGAAGUUUAUACUCUCCAACAAAAUGCAUCCAUUGAUGAAUCCUUAAUGAAAUACAAAGGGAGACUAGGAUUCAAACAAUACAUUCCUUCAAAGCACGCUAGGUAUGGCGUAAAAUUGUACAAACUGUGCGAGAGCGAAAGUGGCUAUACAUUUGCCUUUUGCGUAUAUGAGGGGAAAGAUGGUCAACUGGGACCCUCCUGGCUGUCCUGACUCUCUGGGAACAAGUAGGAAAAUUGUUUUGGGACCUAAUGAUCCCCUUCAAUAAUAGUUACCACCUUUAUGUGGACAACUUUUAAAACGCUUUAUGGUUUUCAGACACUGGCCUGCGGCACUGAGAAAAUCCAAAGAUUUCCCAAGACCCCUCAUAGAGGCCAAAUUAAAAAAAAAAGUUGAAUGUAAAUCUCUGCGCAAAGCUGAAGUGCUUGCAAUAAAAUUUAAGGACAGGAAGUUGGUUCUCAUACUAACCACCAUCCAUGACGAAAGCAUGUCAGACGUCACUGUCCGAGGCAGAGUACAUUCCAAACCUGUUUGCAUCAGGGCUUAUAACAGGCACAUGCUAAUCAGCUGAUGCAGCCAUAUCUUUAAGAAAAACUAAAGCCUACUAUAAAAAGGAGGCUAUUUAUCUGAUGCAAGUAGCAACCCAUAAUUCGUUUUUACUUUUUGUUUUUUAAAAUUAAUCCUGGAAAAACCACCUUUCUCCAAUUUCAACUUAAAGUGGUUUCCACAAUCCUUUAUGGAGAUGGUUCUGUUGAAGUUCCAACAACGGUGACAGAAGAAUCCAGAAUUGGCAUUACGCAUUUUAUUUUUAAGAUCCAGCCAACUGCAAAUAAAACAAAUCACCAGAAACGUUGCCGGGUCUGUUAUAAACAAAAAAGGGAAAAGGACAGACACCCCCUUUCACUGGCCCGAUUGCUCUUCAAAACCUGGACUGUGUAUUGGAGCAUGUUUUAAGCUCUACCACACAGAACAUACCUUUUUGUAAUACUGGCUCCUGAAUUUUAUUUAAAAAAAAUGGAAAAUCUUAGUCAGUUUCCUUUCCCCAUAUCUCCAGUUAGAUUCUUUUUGCAGAUUUUUUUCAGUGUGAAUUAUAAAAUGUAGGCCUAGCUUUGACUAAAGAUAAGUUAGAAAUGUCUUGUGUAUAGUGUGUGGUAUUUUUGUGUGUGUGUAUAUAUUUUAUUUAUUUCCUCCCUCUCCUCGGAUACUCCCCAUUGUUGACUGCAGAAAGAACUCUCUUCCUACAUGUCCAAGAAUGUUUUCUUGGGUCAAAUAAUUAUCAGCAUUGCCUAUAUUUGAAAUCUUAUUUUACACUUGAGUAUUGACUGCAAAAAAGUAAUUUGUUCACUUGUUUUUCUCACAACUGAGUUUAUGGUUUAUGUAGUUAAUAAUCUUCAUAAACCAUAAUGGUUCCCUGUCCACUGUAAAUUUCCAGGAUUGGUGAAGGGGUAACCUGAGAAUACACUUUGUUUAGGCAAUAUAUGUGACACAGAAUGAAAUUGAAAGGAUAGUAACUAUUUAAUAAAGUAAUCCUUUAAUUCCAGUAGACUUCAUUUGUGAUAGUAAAAUUCUGCACAAGGUUGUCCUAAAACGCCAAAUGCCAUGAAAGGCGCUUUUUUGGCUGAAUAUUCUUCCAGAUUAAAUUGAUAUUUCUUAUAAAAUCUUCAACUAGCUUUAACAAUCCAGAUGAGCAGCGUGUGUUCCAUUUGUCACUAUUAAAAAUGGACAUUCAUCCUUUUCUAGAUUAAUAAACCUGGUUUAGCAAGACUGCAAUAUCAAGCAAAUGCUGUGUACUUUACCUGUAGUACUAAUAAAUAACUAUUUUUUUUUUGUUUAUUUUCCCCAGAAAGUCUUGCACUUGUACUUGAUAUAUGCCUCUAGUAGGUGCUGUGUAGGUAAAGUACACAGCAUUUGGUCACUUGGUAUUUGGUGUCUACAUAUUCCAGCAGAAUCGGCUGAAAAGUAAUGAUUUAUUUGUAAGAAUCGUAGUCUGAAUGUUUUAUCUAUUUUUCUUGUAGUUUUGUUGUCCAUAUGCUCUUUACUGUGUGAUCCAAAUCCAGAUGAUCCUUUAGUACCAGAUAUUGCACAGAUCUACAAGUCAGACAAGGAAAAGUAAGUAACUUAGUAAAUGUUUCCAUUGGGCUAUUUUUACCUGGAAUUUGAAAUUAUCUUUGUAUUCUCAAUGUAAGUGAUGGAAGGUGCCGUGUUUAGGCGGAAGAAGCUUACAUAGGACAAAUUAAAAAUAACAUUUUGUUUCUUUCCUAUUACAGAUACAACAGACUAGCAAGAGAAUGGACUCAGAAAUAUGCAAUGUAAAUUUGUGAAAAUUAUAACUUCGUAUAAUCCAGUGUACUGUAAAUUCUAGGUUUUUCAAAAUGAGAAGAAACCGAGCACAGUUUACUGUUCCAAAGUCCUUCAAAGCCCCUUUGAUUUUUAGACCCUUUAAGCUUCAUGGAAGCGAAGCAAACUCCAAAAAAAACUUAGGAUGGAAGUGUCAUUUUUUUUUUUUUUAUGAUUUUUGUGUGUACUUUGCAAAAGACAUUUGAUGUGGUUUUUAAGAUACCUGAACUUCUGAUUAAAAUCCAUAAUGCAGGUUUAAAGCAACCAAACGUUUCUGAAGACUAGAUAUAUUUUUAUUUACUUGAGCAAUACUACAUAUUUGUAACCGCAUUGAAUUGUCAUUGUCAUUUUUUUAUUUUAUUUUUGUAAAUCUGUGUUCAGAUUUCAUUCUAUUUAGUUCACUAUUUAAUUUGUAUUUUUUUUUUUUUUACUGUAUAGACUGAAUAUAUUUUAUUUACCUUUGUAAGUAAACACAUUUUUAGGCUUUUUUUUUUUCUGUCUUAUGCACAGUAUUGUCACAACACCACUCCUAGUCCGACAAAGAGAACCCUUUAAUUUAGAACCCCGCUUUAGAUUAGAUUAUUCAAUAAAUGGAUUGCAGAUUUCUUAAAAACUAAAAUGAUCUUUGCACUGUAAUUCUCAAUGCUAAUUAUGGGGAAACGUUUUGAUUCUGUUGCAUACUUGACACUAGUUUAUUGCAAUGUGAACUAAUUGCACUGCUAAUUAGAAGAAGAAACUUAUGUUUCCUUGCUCUUCACUUUUUUAUUUUUAUUUUAUCUUCUAGUUUCUGUUUUUCAUAUGGGCAAUAUAAACUCACAGAUCUUUUACAAAUCUUACUGUAGCUUUUUCCAUACAAAUAAAAUGCAUUUUCUACUAUGUAUGGUUUUUUU